GGCAGGUCGUUGGGGUUGUCGUGGUUUAACUCGUUUGGUUCCUUUAUUAACCUAGUAACAUCUGUGAAUAUAGCUAUACGUCUCUCCCUCGGCGACUCUGAGCUCCACCAUGGCUCCAUGAUAUGAGGGGUCCGCCGUCCGUCCGCUAGAUAGACUCUCACCUUAUCACCACUUGCUAUCAAAUGGCCCACUGGAAAGAGGAGUACUCCGCCGCGCUGGCGGCUCGUGAUCGACGAGAGAAAGCCAGCAUAGCUAUUUACGAUGCUUAUACCCAACUGGCCGAUCGCACGGUUCAGGGAGCAGCGGCUAGCAAUCCACCGAGCUCAGAUCCGGUUGAAGCACAGCAUGUACCAUCCGACACUUCAGCAUCCCGCUCCAGCAAGGCGCUAUCAGGAGCAGGAGCACAAGACCCAUCUCUACAAGAGACCCUCCUAGCAACACGUGCAGACCUGGCUGAGGCGCAGCGGUCACGCUCCGAACUGCAGGACCAGCUCACACGCAUGACUGCUGAUUUGGAGAAGCUGCGAAAGAGAAGCACUCAGGAUAGCAGACGGAUUCGCUCAUUUGAAAAUGAGAUCGCCCAUCUUCAACUACGCUUAAAGGAUCGAGAUGAGGAGUUGCGUGGGAAGGCAAAGUUAUUGGAGGAUUUCCAAGACGAGCUGGCAUCGUUGAACCUUCAACUGAAUAUGGCUGAAGAGCGGUCAUCCCGGCUGCAGAAGGAGAACCAGGAUCUUGUUGAUCGCUGGAUGGCUAGGAUGGGUAAGGAAGCAGAAGCCUUGAACGAAGCCUCUAAAUUCUCAUAGAGAGGGCUACGCGACGAACCGACACGGCCAUGAUUUUUUUACCCGCCCAAAUUGGAUGGCUCAUUGAUAUAUAAUACCUUCGUAGAAUACAUAUUAUAUCCGAAUGAUGCUGUGUCUUGUCAUAGGCACACGAACAGAAGCUAUGAUUCUCAAGAAAUGUCUUUAUCUACUACG